AUGUGGGAACCACAAGAAACACAGGAAAAGAGCAGGUUCAUUGAUGAUGAUGUUGAUUGGUUCCAGCCUGAUCCCAGGGAAUCCAGCAUCUUAGUACAAUCCUAUGGCAAAUUUUCACCUCCUUACUAUCAUCAGGAGGAUCAAGAUUGGAGCUUUGACACACAAUAUCCACUUGAUAUUGGAGAGCAACAGAAAGAAGAGGAAACACAGGAUGAGAUGGUGGGUAUACGCACAGCAGCGGGGACGGGAACCCCUAGGAGUUUGCUAUCAGAUAAUAAAACACAACCAAACACCCCGGAGAACAUAAAGGCACCGCCAAACUCACCUGAAUACGUCUCUACUAUCCCAACCACAGCCGUUAUCCCCUUUAAGCCCGGUACUCCCGGUUUCACAGCCGCAGCUCACCAAGCUGUUGUCGAUCUCUUCCCAGAGAUUGUGGAUACCUGUAUCUUCAGACUAAAACCAACACUCCCGGAACCAGAAACCCAGAAUAUGUCAUCUAUCACUCAGGCUUAUCCUGCAGAGGAAAGCCAUGAAAUCUACCACCCGUUACCCUUUUCUAACCCACGGGCCUCGAAACGAAAACGAAAUAAUGAUAUUUGCUCCAGAUUUAAUGAAACGUCGUCCUCAAUUCCAUUCGUCCCCAUUGAAUCAUCGGACGCCGAGGAUCCUCAAAGAAGCGAUAAACUAUCGAUACCACCACAUCCCACAGCUACACAUCCUUCUUUUACCGCCACCUACACUGUGGAUGCAUAUGCGCCACUCAAAAGUGGUUAUCUAUCACAACUAGCUUCCGAUCUAGUUAAUUUAGAUUUGAAAAACGUAUUGCUUCCCGAACCCCGCAUGAUUCCGCCGUAUAAUUUUAAUAAGCUUACCGGGAAAUCAGCCAGACUUCUCACACGUAUUCGGAAUCCCGGAAGAAGCCCCAAGCCCAACAUUACAAUAUCCCCUCGUCAUCUCUCUAAGCUCAAACUCCCCUCCACACCUCCACCAAAGAGCAUCUUCGAUCCUGAAGGGAUUGAAAAAUAUCACGAUUUUUCUAGGUUUCUCUCAGACCAAGAAUUCAUAGAUAGCGAUGAAGCGACCAUGUCCGACAAUGAUAUGCCUUCGCCUUCACCAGCCUCGACCCCUACCUCCUUCAUCUCAAGACCGCUACCGGAUUCAAAAGAGCUAUUGAGGGAGCAAAAUCGGCUACUCCUACGGUGGAGAUCCGAAGGCAUUAGCUAUCGUACCAUCAAGAAGAAACUUGGAAUCAAUGAAGCCGAGAGUACUCUCCGUGGAAGACUAAGAACUUUAACGAAGCCCAAAAGCGAAAGGUUGAGGAAGCCACAAUGGACAGAAGAGGAUGUUUGUCAUUCAAUCACUCCACCUAAGAUGAUAUUUUUUGGUGUACUAACCAACAAGAGCAGAUCGAACUACUUCUCGAGAUAG